AUACAUGUGUCAUACAUAUUACAUAUUUUUUUCUUCUCCUUGGUGUAAAUGAUUUAAAUUGUACAUCGUUUUAAAUGCUUUUUAAUACCCACUCAAAGUUUUCAUGAUCAGGAGAAAAGUCUAGCCAGCUAUAGUUUCUGCCCAAGCGCUGUUGGAACAUAUCUUACCACUAUCCUGUCAUAACACGGAGGUAGCCUAUCUAGUUGCCAAUUUGAUUUUAUUAUUUCUCUCAGUGUUUGGCAACACAUUUUUUUUUUUUUUUUGGUUGAAGCCCACAUACAAUGACUGAACAAUCAGCAUUACUUCUUCGAAAGCAAUUGGCAGAGCUCAACAAGAACCCAGUGGAGGGCUUUUCAGCUGGCCUAAUAGAUGAUGAGGAUAUAUACAAAUGGGAGGUGGUCAUCAUAGGGCCACAAGACACCCUCUUUGAAGGAGGGUUUUUCAAAGCGUACUUGACCUUUCCCUAUGAUUAUCCACUACGGCCUCCCAAGAUGAAGUUCAUCACUGAAAUCUGGCAUCCUAAUGUGGCAAAGAAUGGUGAUGUAUGUAUCUCAAUACUGCAUGAGCCAGGAGAGGACAAGUUUGGCUAUGAGAAACCAGAGGAACGUUGGCUUCCAAUCCACACUGUAGAGACGAUUAUGAUUAGUGUGAUCUCCAUGCUGGCCGACCCUAACAGUGAUUCGCCUGCUAAUGUGGAUGCUGCGAAAGAGUGGAGGGAGGAUCCGAAUGGUGAAUUCAAGAGGAAGGUGGCUCGCUGUGUACGGAAAAGCCAGGAGAUGGCAUUUGACUAGAACCCAGACUCAAUGGCAAAGUUCCAGGCUAAAGGAAAUGGCUUCAGAAGGAAAAUAGUCAGUUCAGACUAGGCUUUUGCACCCCUUCUUUUGCCAAUCAAGGGAUUUGGUUGGUCAGCCACUUUUCUUUUUUUUCAAACGAAGAAUGAAUGUGAGAACCUACCAGCAAAUAUUUCCCUCCAUUUCCUGCCUGGAAUUAUAGAUUUCAUUUAAUUUAUUUGGAAAGAUAUAAUGUAAGAUAUGUCACUACUGUAAAUUAACUAGCUUUUUUUUAAUCUGCUGCUGAACAGUUUCUACUUUAUACCAGGUUUCUUAUGCAAUUUGUUUGUUGUGCUUGAAGAAUUUAAAUCAAAUGAAAGCCAGUUCUUCUUAGGUUCUCACCAAGUUUCCCAUCUUUAGUCACCUCUACAGAAUGCGGGCCUGCCUGCAAAACCUUGUCAAGCAUGUUUUCGUCAUUCAACACCUGUCAUUUGAUCACUGCUGCCUUAUGUUAGUUCUACUCCCUCUUGGCGGUUGUCCUCUCCCUGGAGGGUUUGAUCUGUGUGCUUGUUGACUGGGUCCUCUACCCAGAUAAUCACAAUGUAUGUUACCAAUCAUGUCAGUCAACUCUGAGGUCACUCUGCUUUAAUGAAACUUUUUCCAAAACAACCAAAAAGUUCUAUGUUGUUAAGAAUUAAGCUGUGAUUAUUCAGUGGAUAUACCAGUUUUCUGGCAUCUGAAUUUACCUCAACUUAAAAUGAUUAAAUUUUUUAGGUUUUAUAGUUGUUUGAUUUGUUCUUAGUCUAGUGUUACAUGGGAGCUGUAAAUGUGAUUGACUUGUCCCUCUGAGGUUGUUUCUGGGGGAUGGGUGGCACGUUUGGCUUCUUGGUGCAUGUGUACCGUUAUUUUUUAAAAUCAGAUCUUGUAGAAUUCACGUCUACCCCUAGAUUUAUAUUCUGACUUGUGCAUUCAGAUUAUGAGUGCAAAAGUCUCAAACUAAGGCCAUCUAAUGUUCUGUUAUUGGCGCAGCCUAUUGUGGACAACCUGUUUCUUUCUUUAAGGAAUGACAGAAGUCUCAUGAUAUUAACCACCAUCUAUUUACUCUUGGUGAAACCAGGUGGUAAAUUACUGGGAGGCAUGUGAUUACACCAUUAGUUAGAAAUGUGUUUCAAAUGCAUAAGGUAUCUAGGUUUGUUUUGUCUGUUACAUGGGAUUUUGCUGUUGGAUUGUUGACAUGUGAAAAGUAAUGGAAAAGUCAUCUGGUAUCAAGUGUUAUUCUGAAAGAAAGAAAAAAUGGACAGCGUUCUGAUGCAUGUUGAUUUAAUAUUAUGCAUAACAAUCAAUGUUUGAAUUGUGGUGGGGUGCUUUGCCACAGGCUUAAUAAUCCAACUUUGCUUUGUUCGUCGUGUUCAUUAGAGCCACCCUAAAGCCGACACCAAAUAAAUCAUCAUCAACAACAAUGUCAUAGUCAUGACCGAUACUUUAAGACUAUCAAAUGACAAACCACUAAUGACACAUGCAGUCAUGUUUGCAGGUUGAUUUACCAACAAAUUAGCUAUGCUGGGAUUGCAUACAAAUGCAGGUAUUAUUCAUAUAUUUCGAAGAGACAUAUGGUUUACAAUUGAUGGUAUUGUGUAGGCUUUGUACUCUUUAGAUUUCACCUCAGACCGGUGUUCACUGUAUUUGCAUAAGAGACUUUGUGCAUUUAAAACAUCAUGAAGCAAUACACUCUGAUCAUUUCAAUCGUGUUUUUCCCAGGUAAUCCUGUUCUCACCCUAUUCCCCUUGUUUGUUGUGUUUACCACUAUGUUUAUGCCAUGUGUAUUUGACAUGAGCUCAAUAAAAUGUGUUAACUGUCA